AUGGCAUCGGUCUCGGGAAUCACGGUUAUCCUGAACUGCAAGAACGUGGUGUAUGACAGGAUUCGCUGGUGCGCUGGUCACACACCAUCGAAAACACAGUGCGAUUCCCGCGCUCGCAUCCCGCGCUGCUCCGGUUGCAGGGAGCCGAGGGAGCCCCUGGGGCUGCUCCGCAGGUACAUCUGGGUCCUGGUGCCCUACAUGACCUACGACAUCUACGUCAUGUACCUCUGCCACUGGCACAAGAGCCGCGACCGGGGCGCCGCGGAGGAGAAGCACUCGCUGGCCAGCGUGCGGAGCUUCCUGCUGCAGGAGCGGCUCAUGGUGACCCACCACGUCGUCAUCCUCCUGGUGCUCACCCCCGUCACCCAGCACUUCAGGGGCGAGCUGGGAGACUUCUUCGUGGGCUGCAUCUUCAUGGCAGAGCUGAGCACUCCCUUUGUGUCGCUGGGCAAAAUCCUCAUGCAGCUCCAAAUGCAGGACACGCUCCUGCACAAGGUGAACGGGAUCCUCCUCCUGGUGACCUUCUUCCUCUGCCGCAUCCUGCUCUUCCCGUUCAUGUACGCGGCCUACGCGAGGCAGGUGGGAAUUCCCGUGUACCUGGUGCCUUUCCGCAUCCCCCUGCACUGCAACAUCGCCAACGCCUCCCUCAUCGCCCCCAGCACCUGA